GAAUUGCACUCAUUGAUUGCAAGUGGAAUAGAGUUUUGGAAAGGCAUCUUUCAUGAACAAGUUGUUCAAGCUGUGAUUGUAAAGGAUGCUUUAGUAGAGUAGUACCAUUCCAGCAGGAGAUGGCUAAGGUAAUAAGACACACAUACAAAAAAUGGUAUUGUCUGUUUUCAAUGUUCCAAGCUUCCUUGAGAUAGAAAAGUCUGAUGUACAUUAAUCCAUAAUGUUUAGGCAGCUGAAAGUGUAGAGACACAUUUUGGGCAAUCUUAAAGUGUGACACUAACGGGUGAUCCUAGAAGCAACUUAGGCGCAUUGUAUAAAGCAGCAGAUGACCAAUAAAAGAGGCAAAUGGAGAUCUCACGAAGAUACUAACAACUAAGAAUAACAUGCGCAGACAAGGGAAAACAAAUCAUUGGCGGAUAAGGCUUUGUUUGCAUCAGAUGUUGCCACGGGGCAGCUGGAUAACAUAGUUAGGGUUUAAAAAUAGACAACUCCUCAGACAGGAACACCAUCAGCACGUCAAAUCAUAUUGGACACGCCUACACAUUUCUAGUCUGGCACAAGAACACCGAGAGAGAGAGAGAGGCUCCUUACGGGUCUUGUUAGAUCUCUGAACUAUAAGCAAAUAACUCUUAUACUUAUUAAACGUUAUAGAAACUUUUUUUUAAAAAAUCAAUUCUUAAAUAAUAUAAUAAGAUAAGACUGCUUUAUUGAUCCUUACGGAAAUUUGUUGUGAUUACAAGGACUCGUUUCUCAUAUAAAGACAACACAACAGAAAAAUACACAUAAAUACAACAGACAACAUAAAGAGUUCAUUCAGCGACUACACACAGGUAUCUUGGUGCUUUUCAUGUUCCCUGAUCAAUGAGUGGCGGUGAUAGAGUCUGACCGAGUGAGGUACGAACGAGUUUUUGUACCGCUCCGUUCUUGUUUUGAUUGACAGCAGUCGCCCACUUCGCGACGACCUGACAUAGUUCUGAUGGAGCGGGUGGCCGUUGUCUUCCAAGAUUUUUUCGAUUUUUCUUAGGCACGUUUGUUCAAAAAGUUCCUUUAAAUGUGGUAAUGUUGUGAGUGUAAUUUUUGAUGCUUUUUUAAUGAUGUUUUCUAGACGUUGCAACAGUUUAGAUGAGGCGUUGCCUUGCCAACAACUUAUUCCGUAUGUUAGCAGAUUUUGUACAGUCGCGCCGUAAAAUGUCUCAAGGAUCUUCUUGUUUAAUUUAAAACUGUUGAGUUUGUAUAGAAAAAAAGAGUCGCUGGGCUGUUUUCUUUGUCAUUUUUUGGGGGGAUCGAACCCACAUUUGCGUUCAUUACAAAUACUGUCACAACUUUCAUGAUAUUUGUGAAUACCGGUAUCUCCAUUACCUGAAUACACAUCAAUUCUAAUAUGUCGAUCUCACACACACACAUAUAUAUGUGAUGUCGACUAGAUAUCCUUUAUUUUUUACAGAACUUAAAUCAACUCACACCGUUUGUCUGUCUGGUACCAAUUCCCUUUCUCGGAUAAGGCAUGUCUGUAAAUGUGCAGUUCUUUCCAUUAUACAAGCUUUUGUUUUAUUUUUUUUUUUAAAGUAUAAUUUGUAUAUUUUACUUGUUUAUUCAACACGCACUCGUAUUAUCCCAACAUUCACACCACGUAGCGCUCUUGUGUUUUCGUGCAACUUUUCCCUGAACCAGUGUUUCCCAAACUGUGUUCCGUGAGGCCUGACUAGGUGGUCCACGAACUCCUGGACUAAUUAACUAGGAGACCACCACGCGAAUGAACCUCUCUAAAAAUAAAUUGAAGCAAAGUGUUUCGCUAAAUAUUCAGAUUGUGUGAAGUUUCCCGCUAGAUACUCAAGAUUGUGUGAAGUUUCCCGCUAGAUACUCAGAUUGUGUGAAGUUUCCCGCUAGAUACUCAGAUUGUGUGAAGUUUCCCGCUAGAUACUCAGAUUGUGUGAAGUUUUGCCGCUAGAUACUCAGAUUGUGUGAAGUUUCCCGCUAGAUACUCAGAUUGUGUGAAGUUUCCCGCUAGAUACUCAGAUUGUGUGAAUUGUUCCGUUGAGGAAAAAGUUUGGGAAACACUACCCAAAACCCAUGAAGAAAAUCGCAUCUUAUAGUAUUAUACUAAUUAUAGUAGGAAUUAUCAUUCCAUUUUUAGAACUGUUUUCUCUAGCGCAAGGUCCAUGUUUUGUCGAUGUUCAUCAUUGUUACCUAGAUCUUGGGGUCUACUCCACAAAGACGACUGUAUAUAAUUAUGUGUAGGCGUUCUAUUCAAACCUACGUCUCGCAAAGAUAAUAGCACGAAGACGUUCUUGGAUCUGUUCUUUUACAUAAUCACAGUACGUGAUACACUGGCCUCUUCCCUUUCUUGUCUGUGUAGCAGCAAAUUGUUUGUGGAACCGAAGAGUGCGGCGACAGCGAAAAUCAAUACAUCUGUGUGGCGGCAUCGAACAGGCUGCAACCCUCUCUCACAGAACUCUCUGGAGUUAUUUCCUCCUUCUACCCGGCUCCACAAGUCGCAGUUUUUAACAAGCCAACUCAUGGAGUGAAGGGCUCAACACAAAAAAAAAAGGGGGCGGGAGGGGUAAGUGGUUAUUUUGGGGCUUACCACGCCAGCCUCCAUUUUGAAUAUCGAUCUGAGUGAUAGCAGUUUCUCUGUGCCUGGCAUUAUCGGUGUCGAUACUACAGCAUUUGGAAAUAUUGGCACCUGGCCCUCCUGUUAAGACCACCUUUAAAACGUGGAUUUCUAUUUCGAACCCAAAUCCUUAGACCGGCACGCUUUUACUAGAAUGAUUUGACCGACUGGAUAAAAUCGAGCUUGUUUAUCUUUCAUAACAGGCAUUUUUUUUUUUUUUUACAGGCAUUUGAAGUACAAGCCACAAAGCUCUCCUUCCCCUCUCGCUCCUAUCCAUGCCUGAGCCCCUUCUCUCGCUACAUUCCAAACCACGAAAUAACAUGUUCUGCGCGAGCGUCCAUGACAGCGCGCGCGUAUUUCUCUGAGUUUCACGUGAAGGUGUAAGUGUUUACUGCCCCCCCCCCCCUCAUUUUGUUUGGCCACGAGACACGGGUGAGUCACGCGUUAGAACAGAACAGGCUUCUCUCCCCUCCCCCGCCUGACGAAGAAGCCAGACUGGUAGUGUCACAGUGUUGUCGUGUCAGUAAUGUCGCCGGGGGGUUGGCAGUGCCUAAUUCCUUAGGAUAAUGCAGGAACGUCCCCCUGGACAAGACCCUAGGUUAUUCUUCUUCUUCUGUGGAAUUGUUUGGCGCGUGUUCAGCUCGUGAGUAGGUAGAAUUACGUUCCUGUGUUGUGGUGUGAGCACGCUCUGGUCGUCUGCCGAGAGGGAUUAACGACUUACGAUUAACGCCAAUUAAUUCUACUAGGAGCAUGUGGCAUUGACUAGCCACAUAUCACUCACUAGUGGACGGGAAUCAUUGACUAGCCACAUAUCACUCACUAGUGGACGGGAAUCAUUGACUAGCCACAUAUCACUCACUAGUGGACGGGAAUCCUUGACUAGCCACAUAUCACACACUAGUGGACUGGAAUCAUUGACUAGCCACAUAUCACACACUAGUGGACUGGAAUCAUUGACUAGCCACAUAUCACACACUAGUGGACUGGAAUCAUUGACUAGCCACAUAUCACACACUAGUGGACUGGAAUCAUUGACUAGCCACAUAUCACACACUAGUGGACUGGAAUCAUUGACUAGCCACAUAUCACACACUAGUGGACUGGAAUCAUUGACUAGCCACAUAUCACACACUAGUGGACUGGAAUCAUUGACUAGCCACAUAUCACACACUAGUGGACUGGAAUCAUGACCAUGUUCAGGGCAGUUUCCGCAAGACGUGAGCCAUCCCCGAGUUAGCGCAGGGCCUGAACCUUGGUCGUCAGCUUUGUGUGGUUGCUGCCUUGACCUUCGACCUCCCAAUGGAGACGUUGUCUGUGAACCAGUACAGGUUCGCUAACGUCAUAAGUGACAUCAACAAAGAGCUUCAGGAUCGAGGCUAUCUGACUGAAGAUGACGCGGGUAUCAGCAUGUCUGUGGAAAUGACGUGCACAGUUCCUAAAGCAAAGGCACAAUUACGUCAGCUUAUGUCUGAAAUGAGAGCCCAGAACUAUGAUGUCAUAAUUUUUGCCACGUACAGAACGGCUUGCAAGUUGAGAUUUAUCCAGAAACAGACUCACCUCUAUCAGAUUGACAUUUGGAACAUGAUUGAAGCGUUCAGGGAGAAUCAACUUCACACCCUGGACCCACACAGCGAGAUCGACACCCCUAGGCUCGAGUCCGUGCUGCACACAGCAUUCGGGCAGCUGAACAAGCGACUGCCCCAGGCUCAGGCUGUGCAUGUGGACAGAUGUGUCAGCCUGACCUUAAAUUGGCUGAUGUCGGCAUAUGACAGAGAAUCUACAGGACAUAUACGUGCAUUGGCUGUGAAGGUCGCGCUUUCUCACCUGUCUUCAGGUAAACUGGUGGACAAGCUACGAUAUAUAUUUACACUGAUAUCAGAUUCAUCAGGUCACAUGAUCAGGUCACGCUUCGAUGAGUAUCUUCGUGACCUGUUGCUCCUGCCUGCUGCAGUUUAUGAGGGGACGUCAUUCCGCUACUCUGAAGAAGCUUCCAGAACAUUCUUUGAUUCAAACCCAGUUACAGUAAAUGACUUUCUGUCAGUAAUGAUGACUAUACCAGGUCGUCAGUGUCUGAUGUGGUUACCUGCUCUUAACAGAAUGGCCCAUGUAGAAAAUGUCAUCCAUCCAGUUCAGUGUGAGGCAUGCCGGAAAACUUCCAUCGCUGGCUUCCGCUACAAAUGUCGGCGCUGCUGUAAUUAUAAUUUAUGCCAGGACUGUUUCUGGAGAGGGAAGACCUCGGGUAACCAUAGCAACGAUCAUGACAUGAAGGAACAUACAUCCUACAGGUCAGGGUCAAAGCAAGUAGGGCGAGCAAUUAAAAAGUCAUUGGAUUGUGUCCCUUCCAAGUCCACUAAUUCAACCUUGCCACAAUUUCCAGACACUCCACAAAAAACUUUAGAUCUAUCAUUCAUAGUUCCACCCACUCCUGGUCCAGUCCAUAACGGGUUUAAAGAUCACUACAGUACACAUUCCUUGGACUUGAGUUGUCCACAGACUCGAAGCCUACGCAAGAUGACAUCCAGUACUGAGUCAUGUCGUAGAGAUGACGAGCACAGAUUGAUAGCCCGCUACGCCGCAAGACUUGCAGCCGAUGAGAAGAAAGCUUCGAGGUCGACGGCGGAACUCAACCUCAGCGUGGACAGCAACCAAGCUCAGAGGGAGCUCAUAGCCCAACUGGAGGCCAAAAACAGAGAAAUCAUGCGGGAGAUCCAGAGGUUGAGGUUGGAGCAGGAAGCUUUCGCCCAGGAAGGUGGCGAUACGAGCCAGUACAACCCUACUCUCUUGGCAGAGCUAAGGCUGCUACGUCAAAGGAAGGACGAACUUGAGGCUAGAAUGCAGGCCCUGCAGGAGAGCAGGAAGGACCUGAUGGUUCAGUUGGAAACAUUAAUGAAGCUUUUGAAAAACCACCCAACAUCACCUAGAUCCACACCCAAUAGCUCGCCAAGGUCACGGAGUGGUCUAUCGCCAACAUUCGCUGCAGCAUUGGUCAAUAGGUCAACUACCUCUCCAGCUCCCUCUUCGUCUGCCGAACUCAGUCUGACUGGUUUAGGUGGCGACGUGAAACAGGCGUUCACCAUCCAACCUUCUUCAACAGCUGUGAUGACUAGGACGUUACGCAAUGAUCUCCUUAUGGCAGCAGACUCUGUCACAAAUGCCAUGUCUUCUCUUGUGAAGGAGCUCCAUUCUGAUGAUGGAAGUGAUGAAGAUGAAGACAGGCUGCAGAGUAAAUUUAAUGACUUCAAAUUUGAUGAAGACCUCAUGUCAAGAUCUGGAGGUACAGAAGAUAUUGACAUGGGUUCAUGGGGAAGAGAGGAUUUACACUGGAGAAUGAGGCAGGAGGCUGAGUUUUUGGCACAGCUGCGAGCUAGACGUCAAAAAAGUAGUGCCAACUCCAGCCAAACAACCAGUGAUACAGAACAGGAUGGCUACCCGGGCACAGAUGAGGGGGAGUCUCUAACCAGGACAGAUGAUGAGAGUUACAUAGGUACUGAUGAGUUAGGAUCAUGCCAAGGAGAAAGACUGGAUGAGGUUCAGAGUGUUAGUAUGAGAACUGAUGAGGAUGCACCUGAUGCUCAUGAAGCAAUGGCCAAGGAGAUGACUAGCAGCAGAUACACAACAGAUGAAGAAAGUUUUUUUCAAACAGAUGAUGAAUCAUUUAUUCGUACAGAUGAUGAAGAAGGGGGAAAUACAGAUUGGGAGGAAUCCACACGACGUUGGGUCAAUCGGUGACCCAAAUAUAAAUUUUACUUUCUUAAUCAUCAAGACCAUUAGAAAAAAAAAAGCUUUUUUCCACCAAUGUUUUGGAAAGCAGAAAAUGUUUACAAAAAACAUUAAAUGGUGUUUUGAUUUGACAAAACAAAAUAGAGCAAGCAGUAAUAUGAUUGUAUCAUUUUUUUAUACUGACUCUUUAAUAUAAGUGAUGUAAGCCUUUCUAGUUACUGUGACUGGCAUAUAAAAGUAGCCAGAAUAAAUCACAGCCAAUAUACAGAAUUCACCAAACCUGGUUUGAUGCACAUGCACAUUUAAUUGAAGUGUCUAUAGACAAGUGCUGUAAAUAGCACAACUAGUUGCUUUUUUCAUCAAAAGAAAGAUCGCAUUUGAGAUACAAAGAUUAUAAUAUAUAUAUAGGACAAUGCAUAAUGACCAAAAAAACAACUUGUAUGUAGACCAAAAACAUAAGUUUAUUUAAAUUUUGUUUUCCAGAUGUAUAUUAGACAUAUCUGUCUUGUAUGCUAAUUUUUUAUCUAUGUUACUAGUCAGUAUUUUUUUAAAGUAGUUUUAUAUUUAUGUUUUUUUUAUUACUUGGUGCAUUUUUUUUCCUAUUAAAAAAAAAAAAAAAAAAAAAAAAAAAAAACAAGAAUUGAGCUCUAGACAAACAUGUAGGGUCUUUUCAUAGCCUACAUGUGUGAAACAUUAUCUGAUGUAAGCAUGCUUGUGUGAUUGUAUGGUAUUUAUAGGUCUAUAUAUAUUUUAUGCAUUAAUAUAUAUUUCUCUAAAACUGAGUAAUAUUGAUUUUAAAUUGUGAUUUUAAAUUCUUUUGCUAUAGCAGAAGUGAUAACAAUUUUUUUUUACAACAUUUUAAAAAUCAUAAUUGAUUUAUGACCUAGUAUACAUUUAUAUCAAAUCAUUGACAUCAUUCUAGCUGACUGCUGUCUUGUGAACUUAUUAUGCUAAAAUCUUGGAAAUAAUAAAAUUUAGUGCUAUAUAUAAGCACUAAGGCUUUAGUAUUGCUACACAUUAUUGAUUGUAGAUAAAGGGUUAAAUGUUUCCACACUACCUUGAAACAUAAAUACCUAGCUGAUAAAAAUGUAGGUUAAAUUAGUGACAAGUUGACAAAUAAAACAGCACAGCUCCUGUCUUGUAAAAACUAUUGGUUAUAUCCAUUGUCCCCCACCAUUAUAAGACAACAAACAAUUGCUAUCUAAAUUUCAUAUUGAAUUGAAGCAUAUCAAAUAUGGAAAGUAGCUCUUAUGUUCAAUGCAUUUCUUCUGCUUGAAAAAAAUAUUUUAUUUUUCCUUUGUAUAUUACUUACUUCAAACUCUGAAGCUUUGGUUUACUGUCAAAUUAGCGUUACUGAUUUUAUAAUUUUUUAAAAAAGUUUUACAACUAUAAAAAAAUGACAUACCUCAUGGUGAUACAUAUUAUUUGUGAUCUUCUACUGUUUGUUUUGCAUCUUACUGUGUUUAAUUUUCUACAUUAAAAAAAAAUAAUAUUGACAUCUAUCUAUAGUGAAGGUGUAAAGUCAAAGUCUAAUGCUAUGCUCAUUUAUUCAUUUGAGGUUUACUUUUUAAGUUUUUACAAAAAACAUGAUUCAAAUUAUGUUUAUUUAUAUUCAAGCAAUAUAGAAGAUAUUCAUUGGUUUAUUUCUUUUAUUAUUAGUUAAUAAAAGUUACACUUUAUGAAAAUUUGAAAACAAAAAGAUCAUGAAGAAUUUCUCAGGGACAAUGUUGGAGACAGAUAGGCAGCACUUGUAACCUACCAAAACAUUUCCUGUUUGGCAUGCACUUUAAAUAAUAAAACACAAAUGUGUUUGUGCUGCUGAAUAUCUUUAGGUAAUUAGACAUUUAGUAAAUUUUCAAGCUAAUUAAAAAAAAACAACUUGAGAAGCUUCAAAUAAAUACUAAGAAAUGUAUCCACACAGUGAUUAGAUCAAGGAUAGCUUAAACAGACUAAUUGAAGUAAAUUUAAGUAAAAACAAAUCUUGUUUAAUCUGAUUUUAUAUUAAACACUUAUACAUUUUACUUUGGAACAUAUAUAUCUUUUGCAAGUUUCAUUUAAUUUUGAGCUUGUGUCCCUUGCAUUUCCUUGUAAGUAAGCCUAUUAAUGAGCAACUUGAUUAUCGACAAAUUUCUCGUACAAGUUUUUUGUUAAAGAUGUAAAUAGAGAACAAAGUUUCUGUUUUCUUCUAUAACAGUAAAACCCUAACCCCAAAUACAAUAAUAAAAUGGUGGUUAUUUCUUGUUUUCACCAAUGAUAAUUAAAUUUAAAUAUAUAAUCAAAUACUGUUUUUUUUUAAAUUAUAGUUACAUUAAAAAUAAAUGUGACUUUAAAAACAACAUUCUUACUGUGAAUAAAAUAUAGUUUUAAUGUAGAUAGUAUUCAACCAUUUUUUUAAAAAUCUCUACACUUUUCUCAUUUAGCAAUUUUUGGGAAAGUUUACUUUACAAAAGGAUAUUUUAUGAUUUUUCAAAUGAAAUAUCAAGUCUUUUCAGAUGUCUGAACUCGUCACAUUUUGUUUUUACAUGUAUAUUUUUUUUUUAUAAACCUAUGGGACUGGCAAUAAUAACUUGUGCAAACACCAUCUUGACAAAUCAACUUUCUGUUCAGUGCUCAAUGUGAUCUUUUCUAUGACUGUUACUUCUCUAGUGUUUCCUGUUUCCCUGACCUUGCAGUUUUUCUGCCUUUGUGUUGUGACUUUUUAUAUGUGAUGAAAUACUCAACAACAACAAAAUGUAUUGUUUAGCUACUUAAUUUUUUGUUUCAGUGUAUAGAUGACUUUUAUGUUAGUGUAGAGAAGCUGUAAACUGCAGUCUUAGUAAUGCUGCAAGGUGUUUUUAUUUUACAUUUUGGGCCAUAAGCAGUAUUGGUUUUAUUAAUUUGUCUUUAUUUUAUUUUUUUGCUGUUAUCUUCUAGUCACCAUAGAUCUUGAAAACAGAAUUUAAUUAUCUUUAUGUUUAUAUAUAUAUAUUUUUUUCUGAUGAACAUUCCAUUAUCUAUCUCUUUGCUAAUUGGCAAUGAUGCAUCUCAGAGUUGGCAAUGAUGUGACCAGUACUGCUGCUCAUUCUUAGGAGUAGUUUCCCCCUAUCCAAUCUGUUCUGUCAAUUUCAAUAUGUGUCAUUGAGUAUUUGAUUUCCACUGAUCAUAUCAUUUAUACAAUUUUUCAUUUCUGUCUUACUGUUAUGUUCAGGAAAUAAGCUUUAAUUUGUAUGUGUGUGUGUUUAUAUAUAUAUUUAUAUAUUAGUGUAAACAAAAUCUUUGUAAAGCAGUUGUUGAAAUACUUUUAAAAAUUGAAAUUUUUUGUCAUUUGAGUGACAAAAGUAUUCAAGGUUCAGAAUAUUUAAGAACUAAAAAGUUUUAAAGAAAUUGUCCAUGAACAUAUUGAGAAGUAUGAUUGUCAUUGAGAGUUCAUCAAUUGUGUAUUCUUUACAACUGCAUCAUCAAAAUGAUUGUAGUCUAUUUGUUCCUUUUAAGAUAUGGAAAAUAUAAAUACAAUUAUGUCAUAUA